CAUAAAGAAACCCCAUCUUCCAUUUACUUCUCUCUUAUCUCAGAUUUCUCCUCCCUAGGGUUUCUUUGUUUUCAUCUCCCUUCCUCUCAACCAUCUUCUAUCCGUUCUUGCUCUGCUUCUUCUGUAUUUUUUGACCGGUGAAGUAGAUGAUAUCAAGCUUUUAUUCUAUUCUAUUGUAUUCUAUUCCAAUUGGAUGUAUAUGGUAGGUAAGUAGGUAGUUCAACUUUUAUUCUUUAAGAGUCUUUACAGAGAGAGAGAGAGAGGAUAAGGUUUUGGGUUUUGAGAUUUUGAUCCGAAUUCGUCGCUGUUGUUCUCUUUGAGCCAAGUGCGGCGCGAUCUAUCUGCUACCAACUAUUCUGUUGAUUUCCGGGCGACUUUUGUCUUCAAUUAAGUAUUUUUCUCUUCUGAUUUAAAUUUGACGGGUGGAGACUUCCAAAAGAACUCUUUUUUGUGUUGGGUUUCUUAAGAUCUCGUGAUUAUGCAGCAAGAUCGGAAAAUCAAGGAUAUGAAAGAGAUUGACUUUUUCACUGAAUAUGGAGAGGCUAACAGAUAUAAGAUUCUGGAAGUAGUUGGGAAGGGAAGUUAUGGGGUUGUAUGUGCAGCCAUUGAUACACAAACUGGAGGGAAAGUUGCAAUUAAAAAGAUAACAAACAUUUUCGAGCAUCUUUCUGAUUCUAUUAGGAUUUUACGUGAGAUCAAAUUGCUUAGACUUUUGAGGCAUCCUGAUAUAGUUGACAUCAAAUGUAUCAUGUUGCCUCCUUCUAGACGCGAAUUCAAGGAUAUUUAUGUUGUUUUCGAGCUUAUGGAAUCCGACCUUCAUCAGGUCAUCAAGGCAAACGAUGACUUGACUGCUGAUCACCAUCGAUUUUUCCUCUAUCAGAUGCUACGUGCACUGAAGUAUAUGCAUACUGCUAAUGUAUAUCAUAGAGACCUAAAACCGAAGAAUAUACUAGCCAAUGCAAAUUGCAAGCUUAAAAUAUGUGAUUUUGGAUUAGCAAGAGUUGCCUUUAGUGAUACACCGACGACAACAUUUUGGACGGAUUAUGUGGCUACAAGAUGGUAUAGAGCUCCGGAGCUUUGUGGGUCAUUCUUCUCAAAGUAUACACCCGCCAUUGAUAUCUGGAGUAUUGGCUGCAUUUUUGCGGAGGUUCUUACAGGGAAGCCUCUAUUUCCGGGGAAAAGUGUCGUUCAUCAGUUGGAUUUGAUCACCGAUCUUCUUGGUACACCUUCAGGCGAUACUGUGACCGGGAUUCGUAAUGAUAAGGCUAGAAAGUACUUGACAUCUAUGAGAAGAAAGAAUUCCGUAGCAUUCACUGAGAAGUUUACGAAUUCGGAUCCUUUAGCGGUCAACUUGCUGAAAAGAUUACUAGCGUUUGAUCCGAAGGAUCGACCCACUGCAGAAGAAGCACUGGCUGAUCCUUAUUUCAAGGGUUUAGCUAAAGUUGAAAGGGAACCGUCUUGUCUACCCAUCUCGAAGCUAGAGUUUGAGUUUGAGAGAAGGCGGGUGAAUAAGGACGAUAUUAGAGAGUUAAUAUUUCGAGAAAUUCUUGAAUAUCAUCCUAAGAUGCUCAAGGAUUACAUGGCUGGUAAUGAAGGACCAAAUUUUGUGUAUCCUAGUGCUGUUGGUCAAUUCCAAAGGCAAUUCGCAUAUCUCGAGGAAAAUAGUGGUCGUGCCAUUCCACCACCAGAAAGGAAACAUGUCUCACUUCCUCGGUCUACAAUAAACACGAUAUCUCCAAAACCACAAUCAAACAUGGUGCUACCCUCUCGCCCUCCGCCUAGGGCACCCACAGCCAAACCAGGAAGAGCUAUUGGUGGAUCAGUUCUACCUAAUAGUGGAAACACAAAUGAUACAUUUGGUUCUCGGGUUUCUUCUAUCUACGAUAGCCUUACCCCUUCCCACAGAACAAUAUCUCCCGGAUUGUCAAGAAGUAGAACAACCAAUAAUCAAGAAAAAGAGGACCAAUUAUCCAGAUUAAUGCAGCGAAAGUCUCAGUUUAGCGCGAUUGCAGUUGCUAACAGGGAGGUAGGAACAGUUGAGAUUGGAUUAUCUUUAUAAAAUCAGUCUUUGUGUACAUACAGUUUUAUUAGAGAAAAGUGGUAUUUGAGAUUUGGCACCAAUUCUUGUUUGAAAUGAGCUCCUUGUAUUACUUUUCUUUUUUUUAUUAAUUUUUAGGGGUUCACUUUGUAAUUUCUUUUAGUUCAGUCACACGGACGCUGAUUUGAUUCAUAUGUUCAGCAUUGAUAAUAAUAUUUCUGUUAAACUAGA